CGUCAAUCUGCCCACUUCAUCUAUUCACGCCGUGUCUUCUAAGUAGGCCUACUUCUAAGCAAGCAAGUAUUCUACGUUUCGGCGCUCUAUCGUCUUAAUAAUUACUUCUUUCUGUAUAUCUUUGACAACUUCUCACGAAUCCUUCUCUUAGCUAUGUGUAUGGUCACUUGCAAUUCCACUACGGUUAUGUACCCUUGAAGGACAGCUGCGAUCUGAGCCCCGCAACGCGUCUCCGGAUAUAAUGAAUUCGUUGUGGUCGUCAAAAGCUGCCGAGGAUGGUGCUAAUGCACCAAAGGCAUCGGUGGACGUAGCAGAUACGGGGGUUGCUGAUGUCGGACCUGGAAUAACGAGCGCAGCGCCUAGCCAACAACAAUCUAUGCGACCUCAGAUACAGCGAAACCAAAUCCAGUCAACCCCGCCUGUACAGGCCGCAAGCAGCCAGCCGCCUGACUCUCUCUCCCUAGCACAGCUACGACGCAUAGUGUCCGAAUUCCCUCGUUCUGAAGCCGCCGCGUAUGACUUUGAAUAUUCUGAUACAGCACCUCACGAGGAGGAGAUUGACGAAUGGUUUGUCUAUCAGCCUUGGCAAUGGAUUCGGUUGAACGCUGCCCAACGGGCGUUCGAGUGGCAGUGGGAGCACGAUAUAGCAGCUAGAAAGGAUGAAAUUACUUGGGAUGAGGCAGACGAUGAGGCCAGGACAAACUUCAUCCUACAGGCACUAGACGGAGUUAGAGCUAGUGAUGCUGCCACGCGUGGCGCUGCGAUAGGAAGACUUACAUAUCUUGUCCUGGGCCGGUGGACAGAUACUGCUGGUUCGCCCCAAGGCGACAGGACGAAUCCCCGAAGCGUUGCAACACCUGCCCAGCUUGCCGCAAUGAAAUCUGGUGUCGAGUUGAUUGCAGAGUGGAACGGUAUUCUCGUUAUAUGGACAGCUUUGCGCAGCGCGUUUGAGAUAUUAUGGUUAGAUGAACCCCAGAGACCGCAAGGGAGUAGCUUGGCGGAGGCACAGGACGAAUUGAUGAAUUUAAUGACCAUAAUGUAUAUGUGUAUACAGGAAACGCUUAACGACCCGGAUGGAAUGAUAAUGGUUUACGAAAAGCUCCUGGAAUUAGAGCCUCAUCUCACAACAUUCAUGCUCACAGCUUCCGCCAAGCUGCGAUGGCAAGAAUUAAACGUUGUGCCGGCUCCUCAGACGCUUUUGUUGCUAUGGAAGUCUAUCCUUCUGGAGUUCGGUGGAACUCCAGAGAUUGAAGAAACGAAAAGGGCCCUUAGGGAAACGGCUACUGACGACAAGGAGAAAGACCUGAUUAUGGCGACACCUCUCGACUAUCAUGUUUUUCGACAAGAGAUCACAUCAAAAUACCCUGCCUAUGUACCUCCUCAGCCAGUAAUACCCCUUGAAGCAGACAACACCUCUCUCCUACCUCCGCUGCCCAAUCACCCUACUAGGAAUAAUGGAUCGAAUGGUAUACUUCCUGCUCCUCCUGGAACGCAGAAUGGAGGCGCAUCUAUCCUCCACCAACCUGUUCACAUUGCGACGCCUGCGCCGUCUCCUCCCCCAUCUCCGGCUGCCGGUGGUAAAGGAGGUAAGAAACAAAAUUACCAAACCAACCAGAACUUCCCUUUCAUGUACCCUCCAUUGGAUGCCACCAGUAAUAGCGCAGGAGGCAAGGGUGCUGCUGGCCUUCAAGAUUUCCUUGUUGGCCGUAAAUGGGAAGGCAGUGAUGUACCCGCAUCCAUUCUCGAGGCUGGCGAGUUGUUCUCGAAACGAGUGCGCAUGACCCGAGCUACAAGGCAAUUGUGGGAAGAGCGCGAGAAGUUUCAAAAAUUCGAGAGGGGAUGGGAUCCCUCAGAUGAUGACAUAGAAGACCUAGACCUGGAUGGUCUUAAUCUUGACGACGAUGUUGAUGAUGAUAAGCUUCUGGAAACCAUCGAGAAGAGAGAGAAGAAAGCACGAGGCGCCGAGAUCGACUAUGGUCCGGACCCAAAUGUUGAUCCAAGGGUCAAACGACGAUUAGAAGCCAUCGAAGCGUUUUACGCUGCUGCUUUGCCUCAACUACAGUCAUUGAUUAUAGUUCUGAUGAAAAGCAUAUUAUUCAAUGUUACUGCUUGUAUUGCUCUCCCUGCUAAUAGCCAGCAACAAUCACAAAUACCAGGGGGCAACCAGCCCCGCGUUAAUGGCGGUCCUGGUACAAAUCGAUCGCAGGAUAGUUCUAUGGGAGCUAACAGCUCGAUCAACCCAGACGGUUCCGACAGUUCCUUGGAGGAUUUGGAUGCUACCAGAUGUAGAGAGAUUGAAUCGAAAGCCGCUACGGGUAUCAUUCUCCUGCUUAUGAAAUGGCUCAAGAUCUCGCAUGUUUUGAAGUUUGAAUACUUGGCUCAACUACUACUGGAUUCUAAUUAUCUUCCUUUGGUUCUCAAGUUGUUCGCACAUCAAGAUAUUCAACAAGUAGUCGAUAGUAAAACCGACCGCCUUGAACACAGUUUCUUUCAGUUCUGCAACGAUCGUGCUCAUCCUCCAGAAAAAGUACUGCAAGAGCCAACAGAGAUCGACGGGCCAGAGGAGGAAAGCGAGGACGAUGCGGCGCCUCCACCCAUAAAACGGCGACGAUCGCUGCACGAACAAGUGGCCGAAAGCAGCGAGCUCGCGAACAAGACAGAAGGGCAGCUCCCCGCUCGUCCUGAAGUAGACGAAUUAGGCUAUCCCGUAAACCCCCUGCCCAAGGAGCCUAUCACCGAUUUUUCGCGCCGAAAUUUCUUCGCCCUCAUCAAUUACCUGCGAAUCAUGCAGAAGAUAUGCAAGAACAAAGCGCAUCGCAAUUUACUACUCGUACAGUAUAAAUCGUCAAAUAUCAUAAGGAAAUCACUCAAGGUACCGCAGACCGAGUUACGACUGUACACGCUGAAGCUCUUCAAAAACCAGGUCCCGUACUGUGGUCGUAAAUGGCGGCAAGGUAAUAUGCGUGUCAUUACAGCGAUAUAUUUGCAUUGCCGCCCAGAGCUUCGCGACGAAUGGCUGGCUGGUAGCGAUGUAGACGCGGAAGUUGAAGAAGCACUGCCGCUCGAGCAAGCCCUCCGGAGCUUGACACACUGGUUCAACGUCCGGAGGUACCCGGAUCAGAUGGCGGCAGAUAUUAGAGAGGCGCUACGAAACGAGCAAGACUUUUUCAAGCGCGAACUCGAGAAGCUAGACGUGUGGGCCGAUGUCGGGCAGUUAGACAAUAUGAACGCCGAGUGGGAUCACAAUGGACACGGCUCUGCAUAUGGUUGAGUUUGGCGGAGUAUUCGACACAUCUCUUAGGACCGAAGGAUUAUCCCUAUUCGCGAAGUUUUGGCCGUUUGCCUACUUACUGUAUUUGGCUACAGUACAUCCUAUUUAGAUGCGACCAGGGUUCCAUCAUGGAUAUAUGUUGGGUCCUCGGCUGGUUAUCAAAUUGCCCAGGUAGUUUAGGUACUUUUUAAGGACGUAGGUAUAAACUAUUAUACUACCUAGGUAAGGUAUACGGGAUAGAUUCGGGGUUGGUGGGCUACGUUGGGCCCGGUAGUACAUAAAUCUGGAUUCUGCACUCAAGCGGACUCGCAGGCCUAGCAUGUACAUGUACCGAAACAGCAUGUCAAAUAGCCCCGUUGGAUCGACCUUGCAUAUACCUUAGGUACUAAUUCAUGAUCGUAUAAUGCGCAAAAUGUGCGUAGGUGGCUUAGCCAGCUUCUAUGUACUAUGUAGUAUUGGUUAAUAGUUGGAUGCGAUAUAGAAGCUUAAGCAAGUAUGGGUAAGGGUUAGUUUAGGC